AUGUGUGGUGUGAUGGGUGGUUGGAUGGAUGGAUGGUUGGAUGGAUGUGUGGUUGGAUGGAUGGUUGGAUGGUUGGAUGGAUGUGUGGUUGAAUGGAUGGGUGGGUGGGUGGGUGGUUGGAUGGAUGGGUGGUUGGAUGGAUGGUUGGAUGGAUGGGUGGUUGGAUGGAUGGAUGGAUGGAUGGUUGGAUGGAUGUGUGGUUGGAUGGGUGGUUGGAUGGAUGAGUGGUUGGAUGGAUGUGUGGUUGGAUGGAUGAGUGGUUGGAUGGAUGGGUGGUUGGAUGGAUGGAUGAAUGGAUGGUUGGAUGGAUGUGUGGUUGGAUGGAUGGGUGGGUGGUUGGAUGGAUUGUUGGUUGGAUGGAUGGUUGGAUGGAUGGGUGGUUGGAUGGAUGAGUGGUUGGAUGGAUGUGUGGUUGGAUGGAUGAGUGGUUGGAUGGAUGGGUGGAUGGUUGGAUGGAUGGUUGGAUGGAUGAGUGGUUGGAUGGAUGGGUGGUUGAAUGGAUGGAUGGAUGGAUGGAUGGUUGGAUGGACGUGUGGUUGGAUGGGUGGUUGGAUGGAUGGGUGGUGGGAUGGAUGA